UUAGCAGGGCCAGGGCCAGGGUUAGGGCCUGCAGCUGGUGCCUUUACCCUCCCCCACCCACAGUUGUUCCUCUCGGGCAGGAUGAUGUGGGCUGCGCUGGGCCAACCCCCCAAGUACCAUGAGUUGAGAGCCUGGCCCCCGCAGCAGAGAACGCAGCUGCAGGCGGAAGAGAAACGGGAGCCGCUGAAAAGCAAGAACAAGGGCCCUGGUGGGGACAAGGGGGCCACGAAGAAGAAGCCGCAGGGAAGCCGGGUCCGAGAGGCGGCGCCUGAGAAAGCAGCAGCUGUUUGCCCCAGGGUCCCCGCGAACCCCGUCCUGCAGGGAGGGGGCCCCGAUGGGGGGCCGCCCGGGGGGGGCCAGCCCCUGCUCUGCGUGCCCGGGGCGCUGGCCGAGGAGCUGACGCAGGCGCUGGUGAGCCUGGGCAUGGCCCUGGAGCGGGAAUACGCCUUGGACAUCUUCGCCAGCAUGAUGAGGAAACAAUCCAGCUACGUCUUCCGGAGCUGGGAGGUGCCGCGCACCGUGACGGCCGAGAUGCGGGCGCUCAUCGUCGACUGGCUCGUGCAGGUGCAUGAGUACCUGGGCCUGGCGGACGACACGCUCUACCUGGCCGUCUACCUGAUGAAUGCCUACAUGAAGGUGGCGCGAGUGAGGGUCCCGGCCCUGCAGCUGCUGGGUGUCACCUGCCUCUUUGUGGCCUGCAAAGUGGAGGAGUGCACCUUCCCCGAGCCAGCCGAGCUCUGCUUCAUGACCGAGGACUCGUUCAGCCGCCGGGAGCUGCUGCGCAUGGAGCGCAAGGUCCUGUCCCGCCUCAACUUCCAGCUGCAUUUCACCAGCCCCCUGCACCUGCUGCGGCUGCUGGCGGCCCUGGGCCACUGUGGCCCGAAGGUCCAUCACCUGGCCAUGUACUUCAUGGAGCUGUGUCUGAUGGAGGCGGACUGCGUGGCGUUCGAGCCGGCCCAGCUGGCUGCGGCUGCCCUGGGCCUGGCGCAGCGGGUGCUGCAGGAGGCGGGCGCCGGGGGCUUGGGCACCGGGCCGGAGGGCUCCACGCAGCUCUACCUCUACAGCGAAGAGGCGCUCGGCGCUGUACAUUGCUCCAUGGCCAGGGCCGCGCUCCGGGCCGGCAGCUCCACCCUCCAGGCCGUGUUCCUGAAAUACUCGCGCCCCCAGAAGCUGGGGGCCAGCACCAGCCCGGCCAUCGCCACCUCCGACUACCUCGCCCGCUGCUGGAGCCAGGCACCCUGAGCCCGGCGGGGAUGGGCCUGGGCAUCUCCGGGGAUUCCCAGCUGCUCUGGGGGGGUGUCUGUGACUGGUGAUUGGCCCCUGCUAGGGAAGGGGGCCGGGCGGGCCGUGGGGCUGUUGCACAGCUGGGGGUGCAGAAAGGCGGGCGCAGGGGGACGGGGGGGUUUUCUCUAAGCCUGCCCCCCGUCUCCCUCUGUGCCCCUCGGCUAUGGGUGGAGGGGGCUGGGCCAUGGGCCUGUGGCAGCCCUGAGGGGGCUGGGAUUGGGGGCGUGGACAGCAUCCCCCAGGCUGGCUCCCAGCCCCCCCUCGCCCCCCCCGCACGGGCCUCAAAAAAAAAAAAAAGAAAAGAAAAGGAAAAAAGCAGCUGGUGGGAUAAGAAACAGGCCGGGCGCGUUUGUUGAAUAAAGUGAGUUUUAAUCCCCCUGGAGCCAGCUGCUCGCUGGGUGUGACCGGGGGGGGGCCGCCCCAGAGGGGCCCCCCCAGCUCUGGCUGCUCGCCCCUUGGCCCAGGCUGCCAGCAGGGGCAGGUUUCUGGUGGUUUCCCUGGGCGGGGGGAGGGACUCUGCCCCCCAGAGAACGGGUGGGUCGUAGCUGGCGGCGCUGGCUCAGACCAAGCCCUGCUUGUCUGCACAACACGGGGGUCCCGCACGAGGGUCCGGCGUGAGGUCCCGGCACGCCGGGGGCUGCGGGGCGGGAGUGA